AUGCCCGGUCUACAUACCCACGAGAAAUACGUCUUUGGUAGAGAUACAAAGGAAUCUCAAAGACUGAAUGAGCAGCAUAGAUUGCUCACAAUAGUGACUGAAAACACCUUGAUUCAUCCGUCAAUUCCUAAAGAAAACUUACUUUCCGUUGCAGACAUAGCGACUGGAACUGGGCUAAUGGGUCGCAUUGUGACUAGUAUCUGGCUAAAGGAUGUUGCGGAAGUCUUAGAUCCUGAUUCUCAAAAGCCAGUCUACUACCAUGGAUUUGAUAUAUCGUCGCAACAGUUUCCCAAGAAGCAAGAGGUUAUUCAAUUCUCUGUUCACGACAUCACGAAACCAUUUCCCGAGGAACACCUGGGCCGGUAUGAUCUUGUUCAUGUACGACUCCUGGUUGCCGCAAUCGACGAGUCCGAUUACAGAUUGGCAAUCGCAAACAUAAAUGCCAUUUUGAAGCCUGGUGGCUAUCUUCAGUGGGAGGAGAUCGAUGAAGAAACAUACAUAUCCGACAACAACCCUGUCAUUCAAGAGAUUCGACGAUGCUUCGACACCUCACUUACGGCUGAAGGAAAAUGUUUCCAGGCUUCAGCUAAGGUUUUCGAGGAAUGCAUGGCAGCUGGCUUCUUGGAUGUUGUGCGGUUAGCGUAUAACUCUGACUGGGAUCGUAGUAUCCGUCACGAGACGGAUGAACGGCUAGUCGCAAUCAUCGAAACGCUGUAUGCUGGUCUUCUGGUGCGAUCUGGGCAGGUGGAUGAUGAAGAGGCGGCGAUUGCCAAGACUGCAGAUUUAGUCAAGCAGCAUCGCGAGAUUUGUGCAAGUGGAAAUUCCCCGCCAGUGAAGCUGAUGCGUGUGAUUGCCAAGAAACCCAACUAG